AAUAUGGCGAACAGUGGAUGAGUAAUCACACCACAAAAGAAAGGUAUUGGAGUAGAGCUCCGAUUCAUAAUGUGAGCGCCGUGACACUUGCUGGAUGGGAUGGAGACGAUGGGCAGACAUCAGAUCCACGAAUCGAACCAGACGAGACCGGCAGCAGGCUCAUGAUCGGGUUCUGGUCGGUGUCGAUUGAGAGUGUGCGCACUGGCCGGGCCGGAGAGCGAGAUACGGCGAAAUUGCGUCGGCAGCAGGACAGAGCCCCUCGCCUGUCGGCAGAACCAAGCGACAGAUGGCCCCAUCAUCGACAGCGGCUCCUCGCCCAAACCUUCCCAGCGACGCAUCGGAGCAUUUAGCACCAGACGCUUCUCGGCAGGCAACCCUCCAGGAAUGACCAACUUCACCAUCCCGGAGAAGGAGCCGGGCAAGGAGCGGGACAGCAUGGUCGCUCGCAGCAGCGUGCCCGCAGAUGAAGACGACCAGGAUGCAGGCGGCGACGGCAGCAGCAGUUCGCUCGGGAACAUGGCCGACGCGACCGGCGAUGAUAAUCCGUCGCAUUCGCCUCCGAACCGAGGGUCGACGAGCUUCAGAGAGGCCUCAGAAGGAAGACACUCCAGCGGCCAUCGGACCGACGGAAGCCACUUCAACAGCACCGACAACUCGUCGUCCGUCGGUGGGGAGCUGAUCGAUAUCACUGCGAAAAAGUCCAAAGUGAAGGAGAUUUACGAAGUUGUGUACCAGCUGCUCUUCCUGAUGGUGGUUGGCAACUACCGAGCCUCCACGCUCUUCGCAGUGGCCUCCAUCAUCGGCGAGGACAUCCAGUUGCUGACGUACUUUUUCUCGUCGCUCGCGGCCAUGUACUACCCCAUCCCGAGCUUCAUCACCACCCUGACCUCGAUUCCCUACAGCACCUUGACAACGUCGCAGUUCCAGAUCUACUUUUGCUGUGCGACGGUCGCGUGCUUUCUCUUCGUGGCGAAUGUCGCAUACGUUGCCUGGGGGACGGUGAGAGGACAGCACAAGAAAAUCUGGCCCAUCUCGACCCUGAGAGUGGCUGCGAGUGUCCUGCCAACGCUCUUCUACUCCCCCAUCAUCAACAUCCUGGUCACUCCAAUCCAAUGCGAGUGGCAGAGCACAGGCUCCGGCUCACAGACACAAAUCGUCUCGAACUUGGGAUGCUACGACUUCCAGCGGCUGCUGUUUCUCUCCUUCUCGGGACUAGCAGGGCUGCUGUUCAUUCCGACAUCGUGUGCGAUGAUCAGUGUGUACUUGGACAUGAAUCCGUGCCUCAAGGGCAAUCGGAACAAGUCGCACGGCCGAGUGGAUCUCAUCUACAUCACUCUAAAGACGAUCUUGAUUUGCUGCUGGCGCUUCGUGCCGAGUCCGAUCAUUCAGUUUGCAGUGGGCUAUUGCACCUGCACAUUCAUGUUCUUGUCCAUCAUGUUCUACCAGCCAUACUUCAAUGCUCGCUUCAACCAGCUGCGCGCCGCCAACUACUGCGCCUCGAUGUUCGCAGGAGCUAUGAGUCUGAUCGGCGUCGGCGUUUCAACUUAUGGAUCAGUGUCUUUGCCGUGGUUUUACACGAUCCUGAUGGUGAUUGUGGUGCUCAUCGGAUACGCUACCGGAUGGUACUUUUGCGAGUUCAUAUACAUCCGUGUCCAGGAAGAGGCUCGCAGGGCCCUUGAAAAUAUGUACUCGAACGUGCACUCCAGCCAGUACGAGGACGACACGAUCAUAUUCAGGUUCUGGCCGCACGUCGAGAUGACUGCCCGAUUCAUUGUCGAGGCGCUCGACAACAGAAGAAGGAGGGUUGACAUGGCCAAAUUUGGCGAAGUCAAGCGUAUCUUCAAGCGCGGACUGCAGGAGUUCCCGGAAGAAGCGUACAUCCGCCUCCAAUACGCAACAUAUCUGUUCCACCUGACCAACGCUCGCCAAGAGGCGCUGAGGUCUCUGAAGCGCAUCAAGUCGCUGGAUCCUUCGUUCGACGUCUCCUGUCAAAUACACUUUUUGAACCAGAUCAAUCAGCAAAUGGCCGAGUCCGAGUUUCUUGGCUCUGGAGUCCAGCUGGAUGUCACAAGCUUUGCCGAUUUUCAAAAGAGCCACCGGACGGCCACACGCAACCACCAGAUUGCGAACGCAUAUAUAACCAAGUUUUGGUCAACCGUGGUGGACAAGAAAACGACUGUCUUUGAUGUCGAGAGCGUUGGUCUGAGGCUGUACUCGACCUCCCAGAAAGCGGAUAAUGCAUAUCUGUCCCUGGUCAGCCGAUUCCCGAAGAGCCAGUAUUUUCUGAGAAUGUACGCAAAGUUUUGCUUUGAUGUGACCAACGAUAUCGAGAAGGGAAACGCACUCGUGGAAAAGGCCGAUUUCCUCGAGGGCGAAGAGCAAGCUGACGGAUCUGUCGACGAUUUGCACAACAUCAUGACCCUGGAGAGGGAACCACGCUCCAGUCCACAGAAAUCGCAAGCUUCUCGACUCAAUCGCGUCCCCGAAGAACGAGCAUCGGUUGCGCAGAGAGUCAGAAACAUGGACAAGCACGAAUCCCGAAGCCAGGCGCCCUCGUCAACCGGCACGACGUCGGCGGACGAUUACAAGGCCAUGCAAGAGCGAAUGCGAAUGCGAUCGCAGCUCAUCAUCAAGCGUAACCGCGACAUGAAGUCGCUAACGAUUGCGUCAAACAUCAUGGGGCUGAUGAGCUUGGCGGCGGCUGUCACCAACUCGAUCCUGUGUGCGCACUUACUGCAGUACACCAUAUUCGGCACCAAAAUUCUGCAAGGACUUCAUUCUCGUGAAAGGUUCAGUGCCUGGAUUCCAUAUCGCGCGAGGGCACUGCAAGCGGCAUAUCUUGCCAACGACACAGCCACAUUCAAUCAACAACAACUUCUGCUGCGAUCCGAAAUGGAUCAGUACAACUACUGGACAGAUUGGCUGUUCUCUUGGUCUGAUAUUGAUCCAGCAACUUUUUCAUGGUACAACGAUCCCUCCAUCGCAGUCAACCUCACUGCGUAUCCGUAUGUCAACCAGCCAUUUCAAGAGAUAGUGAGCGGGUACGACUUGACCAAGAGACUGGCGUCCAGCGGAUACGAUCUCAGCUACAAGAGCUUCUCGGCCUUUGCAAACAUAUCCUAUGACAACUCGUUCAGAUUUGUCAUGGACAACUUCCGGUACCUUCAUGUCUAUUACGACUACUCCAUGAACGACUGCUUCUUUGCGUAUCAAAGCGCCACGGCCGCUACAGCCGCAACCACAAUAACUGAGCUCACGAUAGUCUAUAUAUUGGUCGUCAUUGCGCUUGUGGUAAUUCUGGACUUUGGCGUAAUGUCGUUCCUGAAGCUCCAGCGGAAGGCUCUCUCGUUUUUCAAAGAGAUUCCAGCUCAAAUCAUCAAAGAACACAUCAACAAGAUCGAGCUUGAACGGAGUGAGGACAUUUUCUUUAACACCACCAGCAACCUGGCUGUUGACAGCGAAAGUGUGAAGCAGUCGUUUGCCUCUGGAAAAUGGGGACUGCGGCUUCAAUACGGUCUGUAUGUCAUGGCAACAUGCACACUCGCCGGGGUGUUCUACUACAUCAAUGUGAUGGUAAGUCACAAUGGAAUGGAAGCGCAGUAAACCAGGAUAAUGCGUGUGAUGUAGCAGGGGCACGAUCCAUUGUUGCAUUGGUUUGUCGUUCGUUCGUUCGUUCGUUCGCUCGUUCGUUCGUUCGCUCGCUCGUUCGUUCGUUCGUUCGUUCGUUCGUUCGUUCGUUCGUUCGUUCGUUCGUUCGUUCGUUCGUUCGUUCGUUCGU